AUGGGCUUGGUCGAGGUAGUGCUCGAGUACAUCACCGUCAAAUCCGUCAUCGUCUUUGCCGUUGUAGCAUGGUGGUUAUGGGUCGCCGUCAAACGCUUCGAUGAGUCCAUACGCCUCCGCCGUCUGGCGCCCGGCACGCGCGGACAGUCGCUCAAUGCCCAUCUCCCCGGUGGCAUCGACUUCGUUUUCAAGGCCGUUCGCGGCGCCAUGUCGCACAAAAACGUCGACUUUUGGCUGGACAUGCUCUCCAAGGUCAAGGGAUGGACUGGUGAGAAGAGAAUCCUGGGCUUGCGCAUCGUCUUCACCGCCGAGCCGGAGAACAUCAAGGCCAUUCUCGCGACGCAGUUCUCCGACUACGGCAAGGGCGAGCCGUUCCACCGGGAGUGGCACGAGUUCUUGGGCGACAGCAUCUUCACCACCGACGGCGACCAGUGGCACGCCAGUAGACAGCUCAUCCGCCCGCAGUUCGUAAAGGACCGCGUUAGCGACUUGCAAUGCUUCGAAGCGCACAUCCAGACGCUGUUCAAGACCAUCGCCAACGGCGGGGCUCUCGACGGCGAGGACCAGGUGGUCAACAUGGAUGCCGAUGGAAAGGUGAUGGACAUUUCGGAACUGUUCUUCCGCUACACCCUCGACGUAGCAACGGACUUCCUGUUGGGCGAGGAUGUCAAGUCUCUCACGACCAUCAAGCAAGAGUUCGCUGAGGCCUUCAACGAAGUCCAGCGAGUCCAGAACAUCCUCGCUCGCGCCGCCAAACUCAAGCCUUUCGUCCCCCUCUUCACCUUCCGCGCGGGUCUCAAGGUGAUCAACGGCUUCGUCAACAAGUUCAUCGAGCGCGCGCUGCGCCUCUCCCCCGAGGAGCUCGCCUCCAAGUCGAAAUCCGACCAGGGGUACACCUUCCUCCACGAACUCGCCAGCUUCACCCGCGACCGCACCGUCCUUCGCGACCAGCUCGUCGCCGUCUUGCUCGCCGGCCGCGACACCACUGCCUCAACGUUGUCGUGGACAAUCUACGAGCUGGGCCGUCACCCGGAGGUCGUACGCAAGCUACGGGCUGAGAUCAUUGAGCAGGUCGGGCUCAACCGCGAGCCGACGUACGCCGACCUGAAGAGCAUGAAGUACCUGCAGAACGUCAUGAACGAGACGCUGCGUCUGUAUCCCGUGGUCCCCUUCAACGUGCGCCUGGCGCUCAAGGACACGACGCUGCCUGUCGGCGGCGGACCGGACGGUACCUUGCCGCUGGCCGUGUGCAAGGACACGCCGAUCGGAUACUCGACGUUGCUGAUGCAGCGACGCGAGGACCUGUACCCGCCAGUCUCCGAGAAGUUUGCGCACCCGAACGAGUUCUCGCCUGAGCGGUGGUAUCACUGGCAGCCGAAGCCGUGGACAUACGUUCCCUUCAACGGCGGGCCGAGAAUCUGCAUCGGGCAGCAGUUUGCGUUGACGGAGAUGGGGUACACCCUGUGCAGGCUGUUCCAGAGAUUCGAGCGUGUGGAGAGCUUCAUGGACGAGAUCGAUGGCGGGAAGCCCCUACUGAAGGCGGAGAUUGUGCUUCAGCCUGGCGAAGGAGUCAAGGUCGCUUUCUACAAGGGCAAGAACGAGUAA